AUGAAAUUCACUUCUAUUGCCUUGUUAGCUGCGCUGGCCGCAUCAGCUUCAGCUACUCCCCUUAGGGUAUACACUCUCACCUCUGAUCCUCUUCCACCACUUGACGAGAUCAAGACACUCCCUAUCGAAAUGAAGAAACCAUGUCAUGGCCACAGUCAUCAAGCAUCCGGUCCAUUAGGCUCUUUACUAGCCAAAUUAGGUUUAGCCAGACCGAGUCACAGACAUGGAUCUGGACAUGGGUUCGAUGAAAAGAUGGAAUCGAUCCAUGAAUCAUUGAUGGACCACUUCAGAGAGCAUAUGAACGAGGUAGAAGAUAAAGUUAUCCCUUUCCUUGAAGGUGGAUCUGUCAGAUUACAUCCUUUAGUGAAUCAUUUGACAGAACAGGAAAGCGAGUUGACCUUAUCCUCUGCACCGGAAGAAUUGAAGAUUUGGAGAUAUCUGGAAGAUGACAAGUGGUUAAUCAAAUCUGGAAUCAAUGGAGAAUGGAGGGUACCUGACGAAGAUGAAGUCCCACCGAAAGUUGUGGUUCAUCAUAAUCACGAGAACGAAAAUGGAAUUGGAAGUGAGAUGGAACACCCUCAUCGACAUGGACAUGGACAUGGAAGGGGUAGAUGGAUGGCUAAGACGAUGACUGGAAGACUUCACCGAGCAUUGAAGAAUCUCAAACCCAUCGAAUCAAUCUGUCUAGCAUUCGUCAUCGGCGCAGGACUAGGUUCCAUCAUCCAUUUCUUCUUUAUGCUCUUCCUCCUUUCGUUCAGAUACCUCAGAGCUGGUUGUCCCUCAAGAGAAGAGAGACGGGCGAGACGACAAGCUCGAAGAGAACGACGAAAGGCUUCGGGAUCGGUUAGAUUUGCUGAUCAGGUGGAAAUUGCAGAACAAGAGGAACUCUUACCUCCCUAUGAGGCUGGUGCUGUCACUGAUGUAGUAGUCAAUGAGAAAGCGGAAUCGCCCAGAGUAUAG